CAUAUUUCUUUACUCUCUUUAUUUUUCCGUGUGGAUUCUUGUAUUUCCACAUUAGUAGUCGCUAGGAUAACGACCCUAGGUAAACGGGCGAACUAUACUUACUUACAUCUCGUGCGACACCAUCGCGAUCUCGCAUCUCGUUCGACCUUGGUGAGACCCGGAUCCUGUACACCUUGACUCGAACCGGGACGACUUUCGGUGUGCCCCUUUCAGAAUCCAGUUACACCGAUGAAGGGGUAGACAGCGAACCGGGUUAUCAAAACCAGCGUAAUCUUCCCUUGCUUGGGAGAAAGAGCCCAUCACGGGGGGGGGACACAUGAACCCCGUUCAAAGUCAUUCGGCGUGCAGUCCUUCCAAAAAAUGUUGCUCAUAGAAGAAGAGAAGCGGCGGGCCUUGCUGACCGAGGACCAGGAGAACGACGGCAUCUGGGGAGGAGGGGAAUAUGGCGUAGGCAAGAUCCGAUGGGCGACCUACACGAACCUCGUGCUGAGACGCACGGCCGUCUUCCUCCUCCCGAGCUUCACACAUAAUCGAUUCUCGCCGGCGCGGGACCGCCGCAACGAGACCCAUAGUAACGGCAGUGGUGCGAAGACGCUCAGCCCGACGGCCUAUCUCGACGGGAUGCGAGGGUUGGCCGCUUUCUUCGUCUUCUUCUGCCACUAUUUCUACACGGUCUUCUUCAUCGCCGAGGGAUACGGCUGGCUGCCCCGGCCGCCCCCUGACUCCGACGAGCCGCCACCGACUGUGUCCACGUACACCUCGUUCUGGCGGCUGCCCUUCGUGCGGCUGAUUUACAGCGGGCCCUCAUGUGUCUGCGUGUUCUUCGUGAUAUCCGGGUACGCGCUCUCGCUACGACCCCUGCAGCUCGCGCGCAAGCGAAACUCGGAGGCCUUCGCACGGACGACCUCCUCGCUCGUCUUCCGCCGCUUCUUCAGGCUGUAUCUGCCACCCAUCGUCUCCACGUUGGGUGUGGCGCUCUUGCUUCGCUGGGGCGCGUACGAGUCAACAAGAGAGUUUAUCCAGGACCGCACGUUCACCCGGAACGUCAUCGAGUACCACCCCAAGCAGCUCGACUCGCUACCUGCACAGCUGCGGCAUUGGGGUCACGAAAUGUGGGCCUUCAUCCAUAUCUGGAGCUGGGAGAACCACGCUGGCUCUACGCAGUACGACGUGCACCUGUGGACGAUCCCGUUAGAGUUCCGGUGCUCGAUGGUGCUUUUCCUGGUGCUCAUUGGCACGGCGCGACUGCGGGACAACGUCAGGCUGGUGGUAGUGGGCUUGCUCUCGUGGUUCGUCCUGCGGAACGAUAGAUGGGAGAUGCUGCUUUUCUUCGCGGGUAUGAUCAUCGCGGACCUAGACUUGAGACGCAAUGCUCACGAGGGGCGUAACCCGGGGGCGUCGCAGCCUACGCUUCAACUACCGCUGGAAGAGAAGACGAGUCCGGCUCCGUCACCAGCUUAUCACAGGUCUGGUAUGGAUUCGUUCUGGACACUCGUUUCCAUUUUAGCCCUAUAUCUCCUAUCCUGUCCCGAUGCCGGCCCGUGGGACGUGCCGGGCUGGAGGUUCCUCGGCACGUUCAUCCCGACCUGGUUCAGCGAGAAAUACCGUUUCUGGCAAGUUAUAGGCGCGUGUCUGUUCGUGUUCUGCGCGGCGCGGUCGCGUGGCUGGCAGCGCUUCUUCGAACAGCCCCCGGUUCAAUAUCUGGGCCAUCUUAGCUAUGCCAUUUAUCUGAUGCAUGGACCAGUGACGCACAUUCUAGGAUAUCCUGUCCAGCGCUGGGCCUGGGGGAUCACCGGAACCGAGGGGUCCGGAUACAAGGCUGGUUUCGCUCUCGCUUCUAUCAUCAAUAUUCCUCUCGUAGUCUGGGCUGCUGAUAUCUUUUGGCGUGCGGUAGACAUCCCUUCGGUGCGGUUUGCUAAGUGGCUAGAAUCCAAGCUAAGUGUGUAAUACUCGCGUCCGAGCGUUUGGUAUGUAGAUUUAUUAGGUGAACAACAAAGCAUAGAAUCUGUUGGAUACGGAAUUAGGAAUUGUCGCAGGCGAAGCGACAUUGGCGUUAUGUAACUGCGAAUUGAUUAAGGCAGGUGAUUCCAG